CGAGAAUGAUGGGCCUCCUGGCUUGGGAGAGCUAACCUGCCGCUGUGGCGUUGUUUGCAGCCGUGCCGUCAAAGCAGCUAUGCGGGAGGCCGAAAGACUUGCAGACAAAGCUGAGAGAAAUGAGUUGGCGCACAUAUCAGAACGCCUUUUGGAAAACGCAGCAGUUCGGCACUUUCUCCUAACCUUUGAGGAGCAGGACUGGCCGGAUCUUCUGCCUUGCAUCGCGUCCAUAGGGAUUCAGGCAUUAACAAUGCACUAUGGUCGCGCAGCGCAAUUGAACCUCGGGUCUCUUCGUACGCUCGCAAAGUGGAUCGAGCGUUACAGGGUUUGGCCCAGUAGUUUGGAGGUGAUCUCGAGCCAGAAAGCUCUCUUUGCUCAUCUCACCUGCCGUGAUGAGUGGGUGAAAAACACCCUGGAAGCCUUCGAGAUGCAAUGUGAGAAAGCUGCAGAGUGGGGCAAGUGUUGUGUGGAGAUGACUGUGCAACCUUCAGUUUACAUGGACGAUGAGGCGGUGGAGCAGUUAGAGAAGCGGCUUGGUGAGUUUGGCUUCUCCAGUUAUGCUACAAGGCAUUCCAAAGCUGGCAAUGUUGUCAUUAGUGCAGCAUGGAUGCUGGGAACGGAGACAAUCCAGAAGGCAGAUGAUGGCCCUCAGGGUAUCAAAGCCAACUGCCCCGUGUGCCAUGAAAAUGGGUAUGUGGUGGCUCUCAUGCCUUGUGGCCAUACGGUGUGCAAGCAGUGCCAUCCUGGGCUUUGUCAGUGCCCCAUGUGCCGCAAGAGUUUGACAGGAGACCCAGAUCUCAGUCUACUGGCCGAGUUCUGGGCUCAAAGCUGUUUCGAUGCAUUUGAAGCUGCACCAGUCAGGGAAGUGCCUCGGGAAGUGCCUCGUGAGGUGCCUGGAACUCCACCGUCAAGCUGCGCCAUGCUAAAGCCCGCAUUGGCUGGUAUCAGAGCAAGGGCUCAGAUACGCGGACGCAGUCCUCCUCCGCAGAGUGCGCAAUGGUCACCCAGGAGCUCGCCCAGAGCAUCUCCGGCGGGUGCAACGCUGCCCUGGCCAUCGAGACGGGAUGAGGCAGGUGGUCAAAAUGCCCACUGCUUUCACUGUGAAACGGCGCAUUUGCCGGACUCGCAGUUCUGCCGUAUUUGUGGUCAUCAUAGAGACGCACAAAUUCCGGCAGCAGCAUCACCGAUCGCGCCUCCGUGGGACGCAAUGCGGGAGACACAGAAUUUCCCUGCUCGUGAGCCCGCAGCCUGCGCAGCCUACGUACCAAGCGCAGGCUUCAACCUUUCUGGAGCCUGUGGAGCUGCGGAAAUUGGCCUGGGAUUGCCAUUGCCGGCAGCACAGCCACCAGCACAACCACAGCCAGUGCAGCCAGCGCAGCCAGCGCAGCCACCCACUUCACUCUCCAUGUCCAUGCAGGCCACCCAGCCAGCUGUGGUACCUGCUGUACCCCUUGCACCACCCAUCAUCCAAUCUCCCAUCACACCACCCACACCGCCAAAUGUGUCCUUUGGACAAGAAGCAGUUCCACACGUUCCACCAACGCUUCCAUCAGUAACACCAUUGCAACAAGUUGUGCCACAGGUUGUGCCACCAGCAUCACCUCCGCAUCCCAAAAACCCGACCCCGCCAUUGAUGCUGCCGCAGCCAGUGAUUCCAAGCGUUCCCAGCAAUCCGCCCUCAGCACGCUGGGAGCCGAGCCCUCGGGCUGUGCCACUGGAUGCACCAAGAUGGCGUUCCAGGGAGGGUGCAACGAGCAGUCGGAACGAAAGAGCACCAGUGCAGGAUGAAUGGUACCAAACCUUGAUGUCGCGACUCCGGCGUUUGGGAGAUCAGGCGCGCUGCAGUGGCUUUGGGGUCUGA